AUGGAGGAGAAUAAUGAAGACAACCCAAAGGUUCCAGACUCAUCUCAAGAGGGGGUUUCAAGGCGAACGUCAGAUACAAUUUAUUUGAAGGUAUUGGUUCCAUCGAUUGCUGCUGGCGCCAUCAUCGGCAAAAAUGGAGACGCAAUUGGUCAAAUGCAAAAGGAAACGGGUGCAAAAAUCAAGCUCUCAAAAUUAAAUGAUUUCUAUCCCGGUACAACAGAACGUGUUUGUCUAAUCCAAGGUCCCUUGCCUGGUGUCAGAGCGAUGCAUAACUACAUAAUGGAUCGUAUUCUCGAGAAGCCUGAAAUAUCUGCACCCGUAGUAACUCCUGGGGGUCACAUCGCCUUAUCUUCUCCAAUCGGGCCCCCCGGAUUCCAGCCAAGCAGUCCCGAAUCAUCCCCAACUACAGCCGCUCUUGGUGGGUGCACAUUCUGGCCAGUCACCGCCACAGCUGCUGCGAUUCCUGCUCAAUCUCUCUUUACCACCAAUCGACUUCUCUGGGAACGCUACAAACAGGUGAAAAUACUUGUGCCCAACUGCACAGCUGGUCUAGUUAUCGGAAAACAGGGCACCUAUGUGUCAGAGAUCAAAGAGGCCACCGGCGCAUUCAUUCAAAUUUCGCAAAAGUCGAAAGACAUCAAUCUACCUGAGCGUUGUAUCACCAUUGCUGGCGAAGCAGACCAAUUGCGUGCGGCUGUAGACAUGGUUUUGACGAAAAUAGCCGAGGACCCACAGUCGGGCACCUGUCCAACUAUCUCUUACUCUCACGCACAGGGCCCAGUUGCUAGCGCUUAUCCUACAGGUUCUCCCUUCGCUUAUGCUACUCCUCCGCCCCCACCUCAACCACAAAUUGGUGUAUCUCAGCCAUCAUCGGCUGCUCAUACCCUUUUCUCUGUUCGUCAUCCCUCUGCUGCUUCACUUGUACGCCAGAAGAGCGACGGGGUCAUUCCUUCCGGGGCCUAUUACCACAGCGCCCUCCAGGCCUCCUAUUUCGCAGCUGCUGCUGCGGCCGCUGCUGCUGAUUACCAACAACGGCUUGUCGUUCUCAACGCAGGCUACUCACAUCAGACCCAUCGUGGACUUGAGUCUGGUGAGGCGUCUGGUGCUAGCAGUAGUCUGGAAAGUGCGGGUGGUGGAUUUGUUGGACCACUAACUCCUUCGUGUGAAGGUGGGGCGGGUGAUACCUCUUCACCCUCUUUCUACACCACUGCUACCCCUCUCCUUCCCACUGCGGCGGCGAGUCAAAUGCUUGCGACAGCUGCUACUGCCACUAUUUAUCCCUCUCCUACUGGUUGUUUGGAAAGUCCCCUGGAUCCUUCUGGAUUCUCUCUUUUACCAUCGUCACCACCACCACACCAGUCAAAAUUGUUCGCCGCUUCUCCAGUGGAGGCAUAUUUUGCUAUCCCCCCCAUAAGAGCAUGCUCGCCUCUCUCUAUGGGACCUAGUGCAACAGUGACCACCGUGGCUUGGUUACGAUCCAGGGGCUACUCAGAGGAGGCCGUGUCUGAGAUUACUCACGCCAUGUCGACACUCUCCGCUCACGGGGUGCUGAAUAUCGAAGGGGCAUUGCCUCAUUCUCCCGAAUCAGCUAUGAUCCCACUCACUCCCCAUCACCAUCAGAUGCCUCUGGCUCAAGAUCCGCCACCAAAGGAAGAAGCCCCCGAGGUCGUGGAAGGCAGCGCAGCUGAUUCUGUCGCUGCUGCAGACCCAUGA